GUAGUCAGUGGAAGUAGGAAUUGUGCCCCAUCAUUGGUAUUAGUGGGAGGAAUAUUAUCCCAUCAUUGGUAUUAUUUGGAGGAACAGUGCCCCAUCAUUGGUAUCAGUGGGAUAAAUAGUGCUCCAUCAUUGGUUUCAGUGGGAGGAAUAGUGCCCCAUCAUUGGUGACAGGGGAGGAAUAGUGCCCCAUUAUUGGUGUCAGUGGGAGGAAUAGUGCCCCAUCAUUGGUGUCAGUGGGAGGAAUAGUGCCCCAACCUUGAUAUUAUUUGGAGGAAUAGUGCCCCAUCCUUGCUAGUAGUGGCGCCUCAGCACCAUGCUGGAAAAGGGGUCAGCAAUUUAAGUGUCAUUGGUGUCAGUGGGAGGAAUAGUGCCCCGUGAUUGGUGUCACUGAUACUAAU